UGUGUAAAGGUAGUACAAGUCUACUCCCCCCUCAGUAAUAAUAUGUAAUAUAACUCAGUAUGCCCCAAUACAGAUAAGACCCACCCUGCGAUAUACCAGACCUCCUUCCAAGACAUUUGUUUAAUAACUUAUUUCAGCCAAAUAAACCCCAAAUUGUAUACACUCGAUAAGAGCCCCCAAACCUCCAAAACAAAAGACUUCCUGUCUUUCUCCCAAUAACCAAAGCCCCCUUUGUUUGAUAAGACCCUUUCCCAGAACAGCCCCGGUGGUACACAUGUGUUAGCUAAAUGACUUUGAGAGGGAACUUGUCUUUGUCCCUUUGACAUAACCUACGCUGAGAUUACUUGUAUCCUCCUGUAUAAAGAAUACAGGUUUUGGCUUUCUGAGGGGAGAAGAGUUCAGACCAUCACCAAGCUAGUACCUAUACUUUGUCUGCUCUAUAUCUUGUAAAUAUACUUGUGAAUCUGGACUAUGCGACUCAUCGUUUUAGAGUUAUAAUAAAUUAUACUCUUGCACAUUACACUUCAAAGAAAGUCUCAGCAUCUCUUUAUUUCAUGUACCUCUCAAUAUUCCAAUAACUUACGACACCGAUCCCAAACACAACAUGGUGGAGAACCCGGCUUUAAUUCAAAAGAAUUAAAAUUAGAACUUUUCUUCGAUAAAGUAUGAGAUCAAGGAGGACCAGCGACUGAAUAAUUACACACAAACUGCCUUGGAGUUUUUAAAUCCACAUCACUUGGAAAAACGAUCAAACACAGACAAAUUAAAGACUCGACCAACGACAACGAUCAACACCAGAAAGUAAAUGACGAUGACGACUUCAACCAGAUCGCUACUAGUAUGACGGAGCCCUCAUGAAGCUCAACCAAGAAACAGUACUGAUGACAUCGACGACGAACUGGAUCUUGCGACGACACAACCGAUGACUACUCCAAUGCACCAAUAGCUACAGCAGACCACGUUGGACGGACCAGGAACGACAUCGAUGAACGCCCAUGCAGGACUAUGAUGAGGACAUCGACGCCUCACUGUGACUUCACUACACCCAGAAAUUUUAAUCAAUAACUCUAACUUUGGAACCUGAACUUUCGACCUAUCCUGUUUUUUUUUCCUUCUUCUACAUCCUUAAUGCAUGCUCCGCCGUUUUUUUUAAAUGUUAAACACACCAGACAGAUUGCUAUAGUUGGGUAAGUGAAACACUUUUUCAUUGUUCCAGACUAUGAGUGAGAGUGAGAGAUUGAAAUAAUAAUUGAUUUGAUUUAAUGCUCCAUUCAUUUAUGCUUUUGCUAUACAAUUUGACGAUUGUUAUGAAAUUGUGCUAUUAUUACUUCUAUCAUUGAGAAUAUAGCUUCAUAGAUAGUAUUUGUAUUGAAUUUGUUUUGCUACACCUAACUUAAUCGUAAUACUAUACAAACUGAUCAUGCCUUCAACUGACGAUCAAACUACCACGACAUCGACUCCACCCAAUAACGGCACAACCAUGCCACGACAUACAACCCUCCGAUCCACUGACUUUCUCCCGUCCCGGUUUACCGGUGACCGACUUAAUAGGGAUGACUCUACAGCACAUUUUUUAACCUUUGAUGACUACCUCGACGCACACGACGUCGACUCUACUGACCGGGACCAAUUCCCGACAAUACUUCGGACAUUCCGACGAACUCUGCAAGGACAGGCCCGACUUUGGAUCGACGGCCUGACUUUUUCUACUUAUACCGACCUAAAGGACGCUUUUGUGAGAAGAUUUAGCCCUGCUAAAUCCUCGUACAGCCACGUCCGUGACUUUAACACGAUGACGAUGACCGACGGGGAAAGCGCAGAAGCAUUCCUCCAACGACUCAGACUUACAGCCACAUACAUUGACUACGGGGAAACCCAAAUAAAACAUAGACUACUUGACUCUAUACCAGACGACUGCCGAGCUGCGAUUUUAAUGUCUGCCUCGGCCCCUGACCUUUCUGCGGACGAGAUAGCAGCCAAAGCGCAGCUAUUUCUUGACUUGCGCCAAGACACUACCCGACAGACAAAAGAAUUGACCUUUUCUACCCAAACUGACAUUGAUGACCUUAGGCAACAACUUAAUGCCCUAAAAACGUCCAAUGCAACGGACAAUGAAAAUGACCGUGGACGACCUCCACAUCGACGACCAUCCACACCUACACGCACAAGCCGUAGCGCGAGUGCCGAUCAAACCCACCGCGACCACUACCAACAAACCCGACAGGACCGGAGUCAUGAUCGAAAUCGUGACUUAAAUUCAGACCGACGCGGUAAGAGCCCAUACCGCCGUGAACAAACAUAUAACCAACGACCACGAAUGGUAUGCAACUACUGCUACUUUCCGGGACAUGUUUGGCGGGAUUGUCGACGACGUCUUAGAGACGAAGAGCGUCAACCUUCGACACCCUACCAUAACUACAGACAACCACAGCAGCAUCAAAACCAACGCCAACAACCACAGCAUCAACGCCAGCAGUACAACUACAGACAACAUCAACAACAGACAUCAUAUGGCCCACGACCACAGGAUUUUUAAAAGGGGAAGGAAUUAACAGUGCUCGUUGCCCUUCUUCCCCACCUAAUAAUCAAAACAGACCUAAUGUAAACUUAACUUCGACUUAUUUAGGGACUGAUGACGUAGACUUGCAAUUAACUGAAAGAAACUUUGUGAAAGGACGCCUCCCAAGUGGCAAGAACAUUUUCAUUUUAUUUGAUAGUGGGGCAACAAGAACCAUUGUCUCUGCGAAUUAUGUUAAGUCGUCCUCCUACCUUUCUAGCCUCCCUCAACAGAAAGUUAGACCCGUUAGAUUUAGGAUAGGGAACGGUCAAUUUCUAUAUGCAUAUUCCAUGAUCAAAAUGCAUGUAGUGAUACAGAGUCAUAAAUUUGAAAUUUUUGCUCUGAUUGUUGAAAAUCUGGUGGGAAUUGAUAUGCUCUUAGGUAGCAAUACACUUUCUGAUUUGAAUGGUGCCCUCCACUUUAGAGAUAAUAUAUUUAGGAUUAAGUCAACGAAGAUUUCAUUUGCCCCCUCUAACAAAGUGAUUAUUGACCCAGGUACUUCCAGAUUUGUGACCAUACACGGCAAGACCCCGCCCCACCUACGCAACUCUGAUGUUGUAUUGACUGCGAAUAAUUACUUAGCCCGACACUGCCCAUCUACCAUGAUAGUUAAGUUGAUUAAAGGGAGGACCCAACUACUAGUGACCAAUUCUACAGACAGGCCAGUCCAUUUGACAAAAGGUAGACCAAUCGCCUUUCUGGACACUAGUAAUCUCAUAAAUGUGGCCCAUGACUUACCAGUGAGCGACAUUCACAUGACAUUGAACUCUACAAGUAAUUUGAAUGUAUCUCAAACUCGCGUAGACAGCCCUCAUGUCAACAAAACUAGACUUGAUAACUUAGGGAAAUACCCCCACCUUGAUCCCAGUGACCCCAUCGUUGAUAUGACAGAAGACGAGAUAAUACGGAAACAUAUUGACUUAAAUGGGAGUAUUCUGUCUCAAAAUGAAAAACAGGAAAUCGUUCGUAUUCUGAUGGAAAAUAGAGAUGCAUUUUCUCUAUAUGGCGAACUAUCGAGUUGCCCGAAUUUCGAAGUAGAUAUUGAACUGACUAACGACGAACCAUUUUUCAUUCGACCUUACUUUGCAACUGAAACUGACAAGGCUAGGAUAGAAUACGAGCUGACCAAACUCGUCAAGUUGGGAAUUUUAGAAGUAGGACAUCAAUCAUACACCUCACCUGUCCUCCUUCUUUCCAAAAAGAACACCUCCGAAAAGAGAGUUGUUACUGAUUUUCGGUAUCUCAAUUCUAGAGUUAAACGAAUUAAUCAUCCCUUCCCCCUACUUUCGGAAACCCUCAAACGAAUUGGCAAUGCUAACACAAAAGUCCUUAGUGUGAUUGACUUAAAGUCAGCUUUUCAUUGCAUCCCCCUAUCCAAGUCAGCUCAAAAGUAUACAGGCAUUGCAUCAUACCAUGGUGGGAAACAUUACUUUUAUAAACGUUUGGCACAAGGCUUAAACGUUUCACCCGCUAUCUUUCAGGCAAAGAUUGAUGAUAUUUUGGGUUCGAUCCCCAAUUCUAGGCAAUUUUGCAUAGCUCACCAUGACGAUAUAAUACUAUUUAGCCAAGACAAGACCUCACAUCGAUCCCACUUGAUAGAUGUAUUAAAGGCUCUCUCUGACAAUGGACUUAAAGUCAGCCCGAAAAAGUGCAAGCUCUUCCGCACUGAUGUUGAUUAUAUGGGCCACCGAAUCACUGUCAAUAAGGUGGGAGAGGCAUGUUUUCAACCCCUUCGUGACAGGUGUGCUGCUAUCCAUGGCAUGCCCAAACCAAAGACCCCCAGACAAGUUAGGAGACUGGUAGGAGCAGUGAACUAUGUUGCGGGAUUUUUCCCCAAUAUACAAUCUGUUCUCAAACCACUACACAAACUGACUAGAAAGAAAAACAAAUUCACCUGGACUGACGAACACGAGACUGCCUUUAACAAAGUUAAAGAGCUAAUGACCAACCCUCCAGUUUUACACAUGCCCCAAAGUACAGGACGAUUCUCACUAUACAGUGACACUUCUCGGACUGCUACCGGCUCUUACUUGACUCAACUUAUUAACGGACAGGAACGUAUUAUUGGGUAUUACUCAAAAGUAUUGCCCGAUGCAUGUGAGAGAUACAGUGUGACAGAGCUGGAACUAUUUGGACUAUUGAUCAAUGUCUCAGCCUUUAAGCAUUUGCUUAAAGGAUGUGAGUUCAAUGCAUUCGUUGACCAUAGUUCAAUUGUCCAGAUUUUAAAGUCAAAGGAUGCACCGUGCACAACACGAUUGCAGAAAUUGAUUUUGAAAUUAUCUGAAUACUCCUUUCAAAUUGGGUACAAAAAGGGUACUGAACUCGUUUUGGCAGAUUUUCUUUCUCGAGCCCCUUCUGGCGACCAUGAUGAGAUUGACAGGGUUGUCCCCAUUUCAUGCUGCCUAUUUGACGAGAGUGAUUUUGUUCAUAUGUACACCCUUAACCCAGUCCAACCCAUGGAUAGGAGAAUAACACGGGCUUAUGCCAAAAAGAUGGGAAUAACUGUUCCUGAAAUUUCCCCCAACAAAUCUCAGAGCCCCGUUGCAACAGAAACUAGUGUAAACAUACCUACUAGAACAGCUGACCCAACGCCCCCUGACAGACCUACCACACACCCCCAACGACCAACCAAUCACGGACAGGCAACACGACUUGCCACGCCCCUCAGGCAGGCACCAGUGCGUGACCAAGACAGUACAUGUACUCAUUCUAGAAUUAUGCCUCCUUUUUCUACCACUCCUCAAGAGCCUAGACUAGUUGACAGACAUACUAAUGACCACCACAGAGAUGUACCACCUGAUCUAUACACACCGCCUAAACCACUAACUAGCAAGGUAAACAACAUAAUAGCAGGACAUAUCCCCAAACAACAUGAACUUGAUAGGAUUACGGACAUAAUUAAGAGGAAAAUAAUCAGAGAUUACAACCUCCCCAUUGACAUGAGAGAACUUAAAACAGAACAACAGACAUCACCAUUCUUCAAGCCUGUAUAUGAUUUUCUAGCCCAUGAUAUUCUGCCAAAUGACAAAAAGGCAGCUAAGGCUAUAAGAUUGAAGGCAGAGGAAUAUAUUCUUUGUGAUGGCGUUCUUUUUAGGCUCUUCUUUGACAAGAAUGACGACUUUCGACUUCAACUUGCAAUACCAGAAACACUGACAGACACUAUCAUCUCCCAAUACCAUGACAACCUACUUAGUAACCACCAAGGGACCCAACGAACUUACCUGACAAUACGACGCAACUUCUAUAUGCCCAAUAUGUUUGAGCGUAUUAACAAUUAUGUUAAAGCUUGUUUGCGUUGUCAGCAGUUUCGCGGUAAGCCCGACAAGACUAGACCAUUUCACACACGAGUACCAGACUCGUACAGACCAUUCGACCGCAUUAGUCUUGACUUUAAGACUAUGCCGACCUCUGGGACAGGAUUUAGACACUUGAUGGUGAUAUGCGAUGAGAUAACUCGCUUCGUCAUCUGCGCGCCUCUCAAGACGCUCGAUGCAGAGACAAUUUGCGAAGCUUUAAUCCAAAAGGUAGUUUGCAUUUUUGGACCACCAUCAUGUCUAGUGACUGACGCAGCAUCUUCACUGACAGGCAAACUACUGACUACUUUGUGUUCAGCAUUGAACAUUGACCGCAAGGUCAUUAGUGUAGAAAAUCAUGGGAGUCUACAAGUUGAGCGGCACAUCCGAACCCUUUCAAGUUUUCUCAAAAUAAACUUGAAUCAAUUUGGAACCGAUUGGGUUAGAUACAUUUCUACUACAACCUAUGCUUACAAUUC